AUGGACAUGGAGGCAAACGAGCAAUUCCUUCUCGAUGACCUAUUGCAGUCGCCUCUUUUCCACUUCGCCGAGGAGAGACUCGGCCCCAAAGGUCUGGAACUGACCGAGAUUCGAAAAUGCAGUAGGAGCAUUGUGAGCAGGAUGUACGUUGAGGGAUACGACUACACUUCGCUUACGGGCUAUGAUUUGGUUACGGCUAUGAAAAAACAUUUCGCUUCAUGUGGAGAUGUGUUGCAUGUUUAUAUUCCCGGACACUGUACAGGCAGAAUUAUCAACAGAUCUGCAUUGAUUUAUCUUCGUGGAAAAGAUGCAGAAGAUAUGGCGUUGGAACUUAAUGGAAGAAGUUUCAGCGGAGGACAAGAGUUAGUCGUUGAGGCUUACCCGUUUGAUGCCACACACCAUGACCAUAAGUUCGCUCAUCUGAGAAAGACAGACAAUCUUUGGCCUUCCACGAUUUUUGUUCGUGGAUAUGACACUUCGCUUGCCGAGGAUGAUGUCAAGAGCAAGCUGGAUAAACAUUUCUCUCAAUGUGGACGUGUCAGUAUAGAUAUUCGCAAAACAGACGGAGCUCUUCUGUGGAGAACCGCUUUCCUUAAUGUUUAUGGAAUAGACACAAUAGAGAAGGUGCUGCUACUUUGUACAUGUGAUGUGGAAGGACUAGAGAAUGUGAAAGUCGCUGAGGUUGCGAAUCCAUCCAAAGAUGAAGAUAACACCGGAAAUAUGGGACCCCAUUUUUGGACAGAUGCUGAUGCUGCUCCGGUGACGGUUGCUGCUAGAGGUCCUCUGGAUCCAAGUCUCCCUCUGCCGCCAGACUCGGCUGCCAUGCGCCCUCCUCCAUGGCAUUCUUGUGUGGAUAGUGAGACUGGCUACUUGCGCGUUUGGAAUACAAAGACUGAAAUCAAGUACGACCUACCACCUCCUUCCAGCACAAAACUCCGUCGCGCACCUGUGGAUCCAACUCUCCCUGAGCCGUGGGUCCGUCUUGUGGAUGGUGGCACUGGCUACUUUUGGAAUACAGAGACUGGUGUUACCCAGUACGAGAGACCUCCUUCUCAGCUCGACCACUAA